AUGGGCUUCUGGAAGUGUUCCCCCUCCCUGGCUCUUGGCAUCUUGGUCCUGUACCAGGCAGGAGUCCUCCAGGCAGCGCCAUUCAGGUCCAACCUGGAGAGCCGCAUGGAUCCUGCUGCAUUCGAAGAGGAUGACUUGUGCCUCAUACUGGCUGAGAUGGUGAAAGACUACAUGCAGAAGAAAAUUGGUGAUGUGGAACAGGAGCUGGAGACUGAGGACUUCAGUGUCAACACCCAGAAGAGAGCCUGCAACACUGCUACCUGCAUGACCAAUAAGCUGGCAGGCUUGCUGAGCAGAUCUGGGGGCAUCCUGAAGAGCAACUUUGUGCCAACCUAUGUGGGCUCCAAAGCCUUUGGCCGUCGCCGCAGGGACCUUCGGGAAUAA